AUGUCUGAGCACACCUACAAGUUCAACGUGAAGAUGACCUGCAGCGGCUGCUCAGGUGCCGUUGAUCGCGUACUGAAGAAGACCGAAGGCGUGUCUUCGUACGACAUCAGCCUGGAGAAGCAGGAGGUCAUCGUGAAGGGGACGAUCCCGUACGACGACCUGCACGCGAAGAUCGCGAAGACGGGCAAGGAGGUCAUCUCCGGCACGACUGUCGAGUAA